AUGGAAGUGAUUAAGGAGAUGCCGCGGCUUACAAAUUGCGAAGAGUUGAAGAGAUUCUUGGCCAAGUUCAUUCCAAAUAUGGAAGAGAUAACAGCUCCAUUAUGUCAGUUGCUGGAGAAAAAUGUCGAAUGGUUUUGGGAUCAAGAGCAAGAAAAAGCGUUUACAACUUUAAAGGCAGUAAUUGUCGAUCCACCAGUCCUCAAAUUCUUUGAUCGGAAAGAACCCGUGUGCCUGUCGGUUGAUGCCAGCUCGAAAGGUAUGGGUGCAGUGUUUCUUCAAAAUGAUCGUCCAGUAGCAUAUGUGUCGAAAGGGUUAACUUCAUGUCAGCAGAACUACUCACAGAUUGAAAAAGAAAUGCUUGCAAUAGUUUAUGGUUGUGAGCAUUUCCAUCAAUACCUAUACGGGCAACGCGAAGUAAUCGUGGAAACUGUCCAUAAACCGCUAGAAGCAAUACUGAAGAAAUCCAUCCAUCAAGCUCCGCUUAGAUUGCAGAGAAUGAUACUCAGACUUAAACCUUAUGCGAUUAAAGUGAAAUAUACGCCUGGGAGUCAGUUGUUGAUAGCAGAUGCUCUUUCUAGAUCACAGAUUUGCGCACGGAUAAACGAUCCAUCAGAUGAAGUUGAAGUCAAUAUUCUGGAAUCGGGUCAGAUUUCUGACACUGAGAAGUUGUUUGAGAAGUUGGUUGAGGAAACCAAGAAGGAUGCUGAACUUCAGCAGUUGCACAGAGUAGUCAUGGAUGGUUGGCCACAGAGAAAGCCUGAAACGCCCUUAGAAAUUCGACCUUAUUGGAGUUAAAGAGAUGAAAUAAGCGGUUAUGAUGGCUUGAAGUUUAAAGGAGAUCGUGUAAUUGUUCCACAUGUUCUUAGACCAGAAAUGCUGGAUCGUAUACAUGCAGCUCAUUUUGGAAUGGAGAAGUGCAAAGCACGGGCGAGAGGUUCAGUAUUCUGGCCUGGAAUGAAUAGUGCAAUUGAUGAAAUGGUUUCAGAAUGCAGAACAUGUUUACAUUUCCAGCGAAGGAACCAGAGAGCCAUUGAUGCCGCAGGAAAUUCCAGAGAGGCCGUGGUC